CGACAACGGCGCAAUCAAAGGAACGCGCGGGAAGGACAAUUAUCGCAGCUGCUCACCUGUUGGAGGCAUCGCGUGAACCGGAGGCGGAGUUCCCCGUUUGGUAAUUUUUGGGUGUGGCUUCAAAAGGGCAAAACAAGCUCAACCGUUUUUCUACACUCCUUUUACCUCUUUCUUCUGCUCCCCUCUCUUCUUCUCCUUCUUGUUUUUAUCACCUCCCUCACUUGUAUCACAUCUUAAGGAUCGUACUAUCAAUCGUACUAUCUAUCUCUCUAUCUCCUCCGCUUCGUCCUGCUUAUCGUCCAUCUAUCAACACACUGCAGGUUGGUCUGCGGUUUGACCAUGGCUUUAAACGAAGCCCCCACGGCUUCCCCAGCUGCUGAGACAGCUGCUGGAGGUAAAGCCGUUAUCACUGAUGCUGCACGUCGCCCCAACCCUGAGCCCAAGAAGGUUCAUAUCACAGAUACGCCGAUAACUCUGGCAAACUGGCAUAAGCAUGUCAGCUGGCUCAACGUCACUCUCAUCAUCGCCAUCCCCAUCUACGGCCUUGUCCAGGCAUACUGGGUCCCCUUGCACCUCAAAACUGCUCUGUGGGCUGUUGUGUACUAUUUCAUGACUGGACUCGGGAUCACUGCCGGAUAUCAUCGUCUUUGGGCACACUGCUCAUAUUCCGCCACAUUGCCACUAAAAAUAUAUCUUGCUGCUGUUGGAGGUGGUGCUGUGGAAGGAUCCAUUAGAUGGUGGGCUAGAGGCCACCGUGCCCACCACCGCUAUACUGACACAGAUAAGGACCCUUACUCUGUCCGCAAAGGCCUCCUGUACUCCCACAUUGGUUGGAUGGUAAUGAAACAAAACCCCAAACGCAUCGGCCGAACCGACAUCACAGAUCUCAAUGAAGACCCCGUCGUUGUCUGGCAACACCGCAACUACCUCAAAGUCGUCAUUUUCAUGGUAUCGUCUUCUCUCAUGCUCGUCAGCGGCCUUGGCUGGGGCGACUGGUCGCCCUUCGAUGACCGCAACUCCCCACGCGACCACAUCGUCACCGCCCUCGUCACUCUCGGCGAAGGCUACCACAACUUCCACCACGAAUUCCCCUCUGACUACCGCAACGCCAUCGAAUGGCACCAAUACGACCCGACCAAAUGGACAAUCUGGAUCUGGAAGCAGCUUGGCCUCGCCUACGACCUCAAGCAGUUCCGCGCCAACGAGAUCGAAAAGGGCCGCGUUCAGCAACUGCAGAAGAAAAUCGACCAGCGCCGCGCGAAGCUCGACUGGGGCAUCCCGCUCGACCAACUCCCUGUCAUUGAAUGGGACGAUUACGUCGACCAAGCUAAGAACGGCCGCGGUCUCAUCGCCAUUGCCGGUGUCGUCCAUGACGUCACGGAUUUCAUCAAGGACCACCCGGGCGGUAAAGCGAUGAUCAACUCCGGUAUCGGCAAGGAUGCCACUGCCAUGUUUAACGGCGGGGUGUACAACCAUUCCAACGCAGCGCACAAUCUGCUGUCGACGAUGCGGGUUGGGGUCAUCCGUGGCGGCUGUGAGGUGGAGAUUUGGAAGCGAGCACAGAAGGAGAAUAAGGAGGUAGAGUCAGUGCGGGAUGAAUAUGGGAAUCGGAUCGUGCGGGCGGGGGCGCAGGUGACGAAGAUCCCGGAACCUAUUACUACAGCUGAUGCAGCGUAGAAAAGGGU